AUGGCGAACAACAUAAGAGAAGACAUUAAUAAUGAUUAUGGCAUUGAGCUGUCAUAUGGAAAAGCUUGGAGAUGUCGAGAGAUGGCUCUGGAGUAUGUCAGGGGGACACUGGAAGCAUCCUACGAAAAGCUACCAUCGUACAUGUUCAUGCUUCAACAGAAAAAUAUCAGGAUGUUGAUAGAUUUUUUCAUUGAGUAUGAUCGGUUCAAAUAUUGCUUUUUCUCAGUAGGACUUAGUAAAAGAGAGUUUCGUACAUGUUGUCCUGUGUUAUGUGUGGACGACACUUUUUUAAAGACAAAAUACGGUAGGCAGAUGUUAUGUCUAGUCGCUUUGGAUGCAAAUAACCAUAUGUAUUUAAUUGCAUUUGCUAUUGUGGAUAGUGAGAAUCAUGAUUCUUGGAAGUAUUUCAUGUCAAAUCUAAAGAAAGCGGUUGGGGAAGUUGAGGACCUGUGGUUUGUAUCUGACAAGCAUGCGAGUAUUACACAUGCCUUGGAAACUAUUUUCUCCGAUGCCUAUCACUGUGCUUGCUACCACCACAUUAGUAUGAAUGUGAUUGCUAAAUUCAAGACUGAUCAUUGUCAUGUGUUGAUGUAUAAUGCGACAUAUGCUUUUAGGAAGUCUGAGUUUCAUGCUCACUUCAACAAAAUCAAAUCAAAAGACCCAGCGAUCGCUCAGUACCUAGAAGACAUAGGGUCCCGAGCUUACUUUCCUGGAAAUAAGUACAAUAUAAUGACAAGCAAUUACGUUGAAAGUUUCAACAAUAAGACCCGGGACGCAAGGAGCUUUCCGAUAACUACAUUCGUUGAAUUUAUUCGCUUCACACUUCAGUCCUGGUUCUGUGAUAGGAGAGAAACUAGCAAGAAGACUACUACAACUCUUGCACAGACAUACGAGAAAGAUUUGGUGGAUAUGGAACGCAUAAUUCAAGAAAAGAAAAGAAUGCGAAAGAAAAACAAGAAAAUGAUUGCAUAUUGGGAGACUAAGAGAUAA